UAAUUUAUGUGUGAAAUGAGUGCAGAGUUUGUGAUUUGUUUUGUCAAUUGAUUUGUUGUUUCAAUACUUUUAACCAGAAAUCAGACGAAAAUCGGUAUCAAAUGACGGGUCAAUCAAACAGUCAAACUCAAGGCCGCGGAUCGCGUAAAGAAGGCCAGAGUCGACCAGAUGUUAUCGCUUACUCGCCGACAUCGAUGGCCAUCAAUCACAACAUCAUAGAGUACUGCCGGACAUCAAUGUCUGCAUUGAGCGGAUCUGCCGCCGGUAUUAUGGGUCUGACCUCAUUGUAUGGCUUUGCCUUCUACUUCUUGAUGGCCAUUGCCUUAUGGCUGAUGAUUAUCUUGAAUGUUGGCAACCAUUGGAACAAAUACUUUACAUCGAGACGUCAUUUGCUGACAAAUGGAUUGUUUGGUGGACUAACCACUUAUGUCCUCUUCUGGACAUUUCUCUACGGAAUGGUUCACGUCUACUGACGACAGCCAAGUGGUCACUGAUAUCUCAUAUU